AUUGUCAAGUUGUCAAAAUCAAAAAGUAAUUUCUUGUGUUUUUGUGUCGACGUUUCAUAUUUUUAAUAAAUUCUUAAAAAUAGUUUUGUCAGUAAACUGCGUUAAGUUAUCUCUGCAAAUCAUUGAAACAUUGAAAAUAUCCAUUGUUUAAAGUACACUUAUAGACUUUCUUUCACAAAGCAUAAAACGAAAACAUGACUUUCAUUCCAAACUGGGAAGAAUUUGAAAAGUCUGCAGAGAUGCUAUAUUUGAGAGACCCAUUAAAUACUCGAUAUAGUAUGAAAUACGCUCACUCUAAAGGAGCCUUUGUAGUCAAAAUAACAGACAACAAAAGGUGCUUACAAUACAAGACAGAAGUUCAGCAAGAUGUAAGGAAGAUUGACAAAUUUAUAUCAAAUUUGAUGAGGCAUAUGGCUUCCAAUGAUAAUUAAUAUAGUUUUUUGUUUUAAUAAAGUCUAAGAUAUAUUUAAAAAA